AUGACUAUUGCUGCAAUUAACAAGCCAACUAUCGCGAAUACUCUUGAACCAAGUAUCAAGUAUCACAAUGACCACAUUGAUAAUAACCAACUUGGCUUCUAUAAGCAUGUGUCGUCCCACAAAGAUUUGCAACAUGCUAGUGCUAAAGCUGCAAGCCACACACAUCUGGCUGAGCAGUCCGCGUUAAUCUCGGCUUGGAAAUUGGAGAACUACGACCCUCACAUUUAUGAUACUGCAGUUCUUCACCAGAAUUACUGGGAAUAUCACAAUGGAACCUAUGGUGGCGCCAUUGUAGGUGUCGACGAUAUCUCCAAGGAGAUAGAUGAUGUGGGGUACAUCGCCAAUAUGAACGACGAGCAACCUGUUGGAGUUUUUAAUUCGGUGAAUGUGGAGGAUGCAAUUGCAGCGGGUGGUGGCAGCUUCAGGCGGUAUAAGAAGAGCUACUGGCCCUCUAGAGUUUACCGCAUCAAAGAAAUGGUGUCCAAAGAGCAUAAAGAGAAAGAAAACCACCAAGCUUCAAACUCCAGCUUAGCUAGUCUGAGUGUAGAGGAUAAGAAAGAUGGUGCAAAGACUAUUGAGGUGAAGGAAUUGGAGGAUUCAGAAGAUUCGAGUGAGCUCGAAUUGCAACAGAGGUCGAAGCAAGAAAACCCUUUCCUUGACCCCUUCUUAGCUGAAUACUAUGCUCGUAUAUAUGAAGAGAGCAAAUAUGAGUGCCGUUCUGCGUUUGAUCCUCAUUUCGAGUGGACAGAAGCUGAAGACAAGAAGUUGAUGCGCAAGAUUGACAGAAGAGUCAUUUUAAGUGCUUGUAUCAUGUUUGCUGCUUUACAAGUAAACCGAGGAAACUUACACGAAGCUGUUGCAGAUAACCUCUUGGAAGACUUGAACAUGGACACGAACGAUUAUAACAUGGGUAACACGAUCAACUUACUUUGUUUCUUAGCCGCUGAACUCCCUUCGCAGGUCAUAUCGAAAGCCUUGGGACCUGAUAUCUUCAUUCCCAUCCAGAUCUGCUCAUGGUGUAUUGUCUCUACCUGUCAAGGAGCCAUGCACAAUAAGACAGGCUUUUUAAUCUGUAGAGCCUUGAUAGGGCUCUUCCAGGGAGGGUUUAUCCCGGACAUGGUACUUUGGCUCUCGUACUUCUAUAAGUCAGGGGAGUUACCUCUUCGGUUAUCAUACUUCUGGACAGCCUUGGCAAUUACCCAAGUGGUGACGUCUUUGCUUGCUUAUGCAAUACUCAGAAUGAGAGGAGUGGGAGGUUUAGCUGGUUGGCAAUGGCUUUUCAUCCUUGAGGGAGCAGGGUCCUUGCUUAUUGGAAUCUGGUCAUUUUACCUAAUGGUACCCUCUGCUGUUCAAACUAGAAACAAGUUGCACCCCAAGGGCUGGUUUACUGAGAGGGAGGAGAAAAUUACUGUGAACAGAAUUCUUAGAGAUGACCCUUCCAAGGGCGGAAUGCACAACAGGCAAAGCUUGUCGUUAAAGAUGAUCUUGGGCUCCCUCUGUGACUAUAACUUGUGGCCCCUCUUUGUAAUUGGUCUAUUUGCAUACAUGCCCAUGAGGACGGUUCUGCCUUACAUGGUGUUGGCAAUGAAGAACCUUGGCUUUAGCACCUUUGAUGUGAACUUGUUAACAAUCCCUCUGCAUGUCCUUCAGAUUAUUUUUAUGCUUGGAGUGACCUGGUUUUCUGAGUGGGUGAAUGAAAGAGGUUUUGUAUGUUUGUCUUUACCCGUGGUGACGGUGCCAUUCUUAGCUGCAAUGAGGUGGUGGAGCGGAACAAUGGAAGAUGCAUGGGUGACUUGGUUCUUGGUCACGAUGGUACUUUCAGCACCGUACGUUCAUACCAUUUGUGUGGCAUGGGUUUCCAGAAACUCCAACUCAAUCCAGUCUCGUUCUAUCUGUUCUGCGUUGUAUAACAUGUUUGUUCAAGCAGGAAGUAUCAUUGCUUCUAAUAUUUAUCGGGAGGAUGACCUACCAAAGUACCGCCGGGGAAAUAUGCAGCUUUUCUUCAUCAUGGUGAGCUUAAUUCCUAUAAUCUUGUUGACAAAGCUUUUCUAUGUUAGGAAGAACCGAGAGCGGGCCAAGAUAUGGGACGCAAUGUCGGAGGAAGAGCAACAGACAUACAUAUCUGAAACGAAAGACAGGGGCAACAUGAGGCUUGAUUUCAGGUUUGACCAUUGA